GUUUUGUAUUUUGUGGGUACCGGUUGCCGGUCGGUAAAAUAAAAUAAUCUCAAAUUAUAUUCCAUUCCGUGUGGUCCCGAUAGCAGGCAGUUUCCCAUUUCGUAUCAAAUACAAUAGCAGCAAUGGCCGAUAAAGAAUCAAAGGUUAAAUUCUACAACGACCUUGAAUGUCCAAUACUGGGCAUUGGGACGUGGAAGUCAAAGCCUGGUGAAGUGACACAAGCGGUGAAGGAUGCCAUCGACAUUGGGUACCGCCACAUCGACUGCGCCUUUGUCUACGGGAAUGAGCCUGAAGUCGGAGCCGCCAUCGCUGCCAAGAUACAGGAGGGAGUCGUCAAGAGGGAAGACCUCUUCAUCACCUCGAAGCUGUGGAACACGUUCCACCGCCCCGACCUGGUGGAGGGCGCUCUGCGGCAGACGCUGGCCAACCUGCAGCUCGAGUACUUGGACCUGUACCUGAUACAUUGGCCUCAGGCGUAUAAGGAAGAUGGCCCCCUCUUCCCCACCGACUCCGAAGGCAAGAUCCAGUUCUCCGAAGUGGACUACGUGGACACGUGGCGCGCCAUGGAGCCGCUGGUGUCUCGCGGGCUGGUGAGGAGCAUCGGCAUCAGCAACUUCAACAGCAAACAGGUCGAGAGGCUAUUGAAGACGGCCACGGUGAAGCCCGUUGUUAACCAGGUGGAAUGCCACCCGUACCUCAACCAGUCGCGUCUGAAGGCGUUCUGCGAGGCGCGCGGCAUCCAGCUCACCGCGUACAGCCCGCUCGGCUCGCCGGACCGGCCCUGGGCCCGGCCGGGGGAGCCCCUGCUGCUGGAGGACCCCAAGCUCAAGUCCAUAGCCGACAGGUUGGGGAAGACUCCGGCGCAGAUACUCAUUCGUUACCAGAUCGACCGCGGCGUCAUCGUCAUCCCCAAGUCGGUGACUCGCUCGCGAAUCGCCUCCAACUUCGAUGUGUUUGACUUUAAGCUGUCGCCCGAAGAUCUGAAGUUGAUUGACUCGUUCAACAACGACGAACGUUUCGUGCCUAUGACUGCGUCCCUCGGUCACAAAUAUCACCCAUUCGAAAACGACGAGUUUUAAGGAUCAAACACAAUAUUUACUUAUUUAUAAGAUCAAAAAAGUUUCAUUUAAAAUGAAUAAUAUAUCUUUGUGAUAACAUUUUCAGUAAGUUUAAAACUUAAAUCAGUCUGUUAUGGUUCUAUAUAUAUUAGAAUUAUUAAAUAUUAUGUGU